AUGGAGGUAUGAUUUAUGACCCUCAAUUUCAGUUUCUUUAAUUAUAAAAGUCUAAAAAGUCUUGCCGUUUUAUAUCAUACAAAGUAAUGUAAAAUAACGACAAGACUUUUUUCAUCCCUUAAUUCCAUUAAAAAUGCCAUUUUUAAACCAGAAUUAACAUUUUUAGUGCAAAACUACUACCUAUUUUUCAAAAAUUUUAAUUUUUUUAAAAAAUUUUAAAAAAUGUGAUUUAUAUUGUUGUAGGUAUGUAGAAUUAGUAUGGUUGGCCUGUUUUUCAUUACUUUCAUAUACAAAGUGUAAAAAAUUACAUUUUUAGAAUUAUAAAGCUGUUUAAAAAAGUCUUGUCUUUUUUUAUAAUGCAAAGUAAUGUAAAUUGACGACAAGACUUUUUUAAACACCUAAUUCCUUUGAAAAUGACAUUUUAAAUUAUAAAUAGCAUUUUUGAUCUAAAAUAACUCUUUACUUCUCAAAAUUUUUUAGAAAUUUUUAAAAUUUCAAUUUUAAAAAAAAAUUAAUGUUGAAAAUUUUUUAAAAGUUCAAUUUUUAAAAAAAUAUUGUUAUAGGUAUGUCAAAUGCGAGAUGCAGGCCUGUUUUUCAUAAAUGACAACCCACUAUUUCAUUCGAUAUCAAACACCACAGCAAUGAACCUAUCAGCCUUGUGGAUGAUGGGUGUUUACUCGGCCAUAAUGAACAUUGGCUUUCAAUUUUACCAUCGAUACAAAGUAGUUGUUAAGGGUACACCUGGUACAAAGCAGGAGACUUAUAUUGGGUUUGCUUUUUGUAUGGGCGUAUGUACUGUUUUGGCUUAUACAGAGGUGUUUUCUUGGAUUCGAAGUGAUGAAGACCCGGCGUAUGCCAAGGAAUUGGAGAACGAUGCCUUUUUUAAAGGCAGAAAAGUGGCAUUCUCUGUGUCUGAUCCAGUAAGUUUUUGUUGUUAGGGGUAGGGUUGGGGUAAAAAAAAGUUUUAGGGGUAGGUUUAGGAUAACAGUACUAUAAACCUUGACCUCCACUCAAUAUAAAUCAACUUUUCAGACAAAAUUCAAAUGCCUAGUUCACCUAGUGAUAUCUCAAGCUUUUAUAAUUGGUGUUUAUGGUGUUGUAGCGUACUGUUAUUUCAAAAUUCUCAGUGAAAUGAGUGAUAAAACUUCAAAAAUGUCCAAGAUCACCAUGAAAGCAAAUAAAACACUGAAUCGUGCCAUGCUUAUUCAAGUAAGUUAAAAGUGGUACAACUGGUACUAAUGGGACUUUUUAAUCUUUUUUAAAUUUUAGGUAACAUUUUUGAUGAAAAUGUCAUUUUGGGCAACACUUUUAAAAAUUUUUAAAAAAUGUUCUUAAUUUUUCAAAUUUUAGGUAACAUUUUAUGUUAAAAUGCCAUUUCUUGACGUAUUUUCAUUUUAAAAUGUCAUUUCUAGACCUGUUUUCGUUAAAACAUGCCAUUUCUAAACCAAUAUUCACAAAAAAAUGCCCUUUCUAAACCUAUCCUCACUCACAAAUCCCAUUUUCAGGCCGUGUUCCCAUUCAUCCUAAUAGGCGUACCCUAUAUUAUUGGUUUAAGUUUCACAUUCCUACAUAUCAAGGGUCCAAUUUUGGCUCAAGUCCUAACAUUAUCCAUCACUCUGCUGCCUAUAGCCAAUUCAUUGACAUUGCUCAGCGCUAUACCCACUUAUCGGCGCAAGUUUUUCGAAAUGGUCGGUGUUAAGAAUACAAAAAUCAUCAGUUCAACUACAUUGGCUAGUAAAACCAGGCUUUCUACUGAAGAUGCCUAA